GUAAAAGGCCAGUGGGGGGCCUGAGAGGGGCUUUUGGACUUUUUUGGGUUGGGAGUUGGUUGAAAGUGGUGUGGGUCAGUGAUUACUUGCAGGGAUCCUGGAGUCAGAGGGAAUGACCUUUGAGAGUGACAGAUGUCCAGCCCAGGAGGUGGUGACAUUCAAGGAUGUGACUGUGGACUUCACCCUGGAGGAGUGGCGCCUCUUGACCCCUCCCCAGAAGGAGCUGUACAAGGAGGUGAUGCUGGAGAAUGCCUGGAACCUUCUCUCUGUGGGAAUAAUGGACCAACUGAGAAACAGAAUUGGGACCAAUGAGGAUUUGUUGAGUCGCCCAGUAGAAGAGGCAGAAACUCCCCAAAUGAAAAGUUCGCAAGGGCUUACAGUUGCCAGAGAAGACGUGAUCUCUUAUUUUGAGCAAAGGGAAGUACCAUGGAUGCUAGAGCAAGAAGACCUGAGAAACUGUGGUCCAGAAGGAGGGAUCAGACUUGAAAUGAAAGAGACUCUAACAGAAAUGAGCCUUUCUGUGGAAGAAACUGACAAACAAAAAUUAAUGAGUGAUGGUCCUUAUAACUUAACUUGUAGAAAAUUCUGUGUUGAAUAUCGAAAUCCAUCCCUUCUUGAACACCAAAGUAUGCACACUGAGGAAAAAUCUAGUGAAAAUAUUCAGUGUGGAAAGACUUUUACACGAAGGGAAAGUCUUCCUAGACAUCAGAGAAUUCACUGUGGUGAGAGACCAUAUGAAUGCGAGCAAUGUGGAAAGACAUUCAGUCAGAGAUCCUCUCUUGCUAUGCAUCAGAGAAUCCACUCUGAUGAGAAAUCUUAUGAAUGCAAGCAAUGUGGAAAGACUUUUCAGCAGAGUUCCAAUCUUGUUCGACAUCAGAGAAUCCAUUCUGAUGAGAAACCUUAUGAAUGCAAGCAAUGUGGAAAGACAUUCAAAGUGAGCACCAGUCUUGCUGUACAUCAAAGAAUCCACACUGGGCAGAAACCUUAUGAAUGCAAGAAAUGUGGAAAGACAUUGACUCAGAGUUCCCAUCUUGCUGUACAUCAGAGAAUCCACUCUGAUGAGAAACCUUAUGAAUGCAUGCAAUGUGGAAAGACAUUCAAAGUGAGCACCAGUCUUGUUGUGCAUCAGAGAAUCCACACUGGGGAGAAACCUUAUGAAUGUAAGCAGUGUGGAAAGACAUUCAGAGUGAAAUCCAAUCUUACUAUACAUGAUAGAAUCCACACAGGGGAGAAACCUUAUGAAUGCAAGCAAUGUGGAAAGACAUUCAAAGAGAGUUCCAAUUUUGCUCGACAUCGGAGAAUCCACACUGGGGAGAAACCUUACGAAUGCAAGCAAUGUGGAAAGACAUUCAAAGUGAGUUCCAGUCUUGUUGUACAUCAAAGAAUCCACACUGGGGAGAAACCGUAUGAAUGCAAGCAAUGUGGAAAGACAUUCAAAGAGAGUUCCAAUCUUGCUCGACAUCAGAGAAUCCACUCUGAUGAGAAACCUUAUGAAUGCAAGCAAUGUGGAAAGACAUUCAGAGUGAAAUCCAAUCUUACUAUACAUGAGAGAAUCCACACUGGGGAGAAACCUUAUGAAUGCAAGCAAUGUGGAAAGACAUUCAAAGAGAGUAUCAGUCUUGCUCGACAUCAGAGAAUCCACACUGGGGAGAAACCUUAUGAGUGCAUGCAAUGUGGAAAGACAUUCAAAGUGAGUUCCAGUCUUGCUGUACAUCAGAGAAUCCACACUAGGGAGAAACCCUAUGAAUGCAAGCAAUGUGGAAAGACAUUCACUCAGAGGUCCCAUCUUGCUCGACAUCAGAGAAUCCACUCUGAUGAGAAACCUUAUGAAUGCAAGCAAUGUGGAAAGACAUUCAAAGUGAGUACCAGUCUUGCUGUACAUCAAAGAAUCCACACUGGGGAGAAACCUUAUGAAUGUAAGCAAUGUGGAAAGACAUUCAAAGAGAGUUCCAGUCUUGUUCGACAUCAGACAAUCCACUCUGGUGAGAAACCUUAUGAAUGCAUGCAAUGUGGAAAGACAUUCAGAGUGAGACUCAGUCUUACUCAACAUGAGAGAAUCCACACUGGGGAGAAACCUUAUGAAUGCAAGCAAUGUGGAAAGACAUUCACUCAGAGGUCCCAUCUUGCUCGACAUCAGAGAAUCCACUCUGAUGAGAAACCUUAUGAAUGCGUGCAAUGUGGAAAGACAUUCAGAGUAAGACCCAGUCUUACUCAACAUGAGAGAAUCCACACUGGGAAGAAACCUUAACAGUGCAAGCAAUGUAGACUUUCAGGUGGAUCUCCAGUCUUGCUUACACAGAGCUCUCACUUUGCUCAAAAUCAGAUUAUUUACUGUAGUAUGUUAUAAGCUCUAUAAGAUUAGGUCUAAAUGAUUUAGACCUACAGUCUGAUACAAUGCUCAAAUUAAGUUGGGGUAAUAGAAAUUUGGUAUUAACCAAGUUAUAACAAAACUGAUUACUAAAUUGAUGUAACCCACUGCAUUGUUCAUUAUGUAUGUCUAUGAUAUCGAUCAGAUAAUCAAUGAGUAUUGAUAUGUUAAUAAAAGAGCUAACCAAAAGCCCCUUGUGGUGGAGACAAGUAAGAUUCUCUAUGAUCCUAAUACUGUGUUGGAGUCUUCUUUCUUUUUUCUUCUUUCCUCUGUGAACCUAGAAAAAGCACAGAACCACUAAAGUAGUCAGUAAAACCCAGUCUUUAAUCAGGAAAGAGAUAGUGCUCAAUAUUCGUCUGCCACACAGAGCCAAGUGCCUAAAAACCAUACAUAGCCAAGAGCUCUGGGACUCUGGGAACAGUAUCUCUGAGAGAAUCAAAGGUGAGAUGAUUCUCCAAAGAAUAAUAGAAAUUGGGGACUUAUAUACCUUUUGGGAAACUAAGGACGGGGGAAGUAUGAUUGAUUGGCUUUACUAUGGCCACAGGGAAAUGAGAAGUGCAAAGCAGGAUUAUCAGGGAGAGGCUGAUGCUUUACAAUGGAUACAAAAGGAAAGGGUCCAGCCAAGGGCUGAACUCCCUGGGAGAGGACUGAUAUAAUGGGAGAAAUUUCUAGGAUUAAAAAAGGUACUUAGCAUUUGACUGUCUACUAGUCCCACCUAAACUAGGAUCAUUAAGUACUUUAAGGUCUAUUGUUCAGUCUGAAAUGGGUGAGUGUAGGACUUCCUUGGGGAGUUCUCAGGGGAUGGGACAAAACUGGGGUUUCCCAAAACCCAGUUGACAUUUUUCUUAUCUUGAAUUCCAUAUUUUGUGCUCACAGUUCCUCCACCGUUUAUGCAGGCCUGAACACUAACCACACUCUCAAAUACCUUAAUUCAUUGUUUCAUGGCAUCCAGAUCUAAAAAGAAGUUGAUUUAGUAAGGGAAUAAUGUAUAGAAAUAAUUUCUAAUUAGCAUAAUUUUAUAUACAUUUUUCAAAUAAUCCCCACAAAUGAAAAAUUAAAUAUCGAAUAAUGUUA